CCCAUUCGAUUGCGAUUGUUACGUAAAGUGUUAUGUUCGUUAGGUUCAUUAGGUUUUAUCGGCUUAUCUAACGACCGCUUUUAUUGUCUAUUUGAUCGCAUCGACUCCGCAGCGUCGUCGUUUUGAUUCGUUUAAUUGCAUGUUUUUCGCGAUAACGCCACAAAAUGCUUUAAAUACACACCCAGAUAAAAACACUAAUAAUUAUCGUCAAUUAUCAAUUUGUUUGGCAAUCAAUCAACUUACCAAAACACUAAGUUCAUUGUACAUAGUUUAAAAUAAGUUUAGCGCCAGUUAUAAACCAGGCUAGCAGCCAUUUUAAAUUUUAAGUUGGCAAUGCUUCUAUCGUUACCUGUUGAACUUUCAUAUCCAUUCAUUGUGUAUUGAUUAUUGAAUGUAUGAUUCGUUAUUAUUUAAAGUAUAGAUGUUUUAAAAUGUCAUCAAAUAGUGAUAAAUGGCUGCGUUUGUGCUUCGAACCAAAAGAAUUGCAACUUAAAGGAACAUUAAACGGCGGCCAGUCUUUUAGGUGGAAGCAAAUUGAUUCUGAAUGGAUCGGGGUUUUUAAUUCAAAAUUAUGGCGCAUAAAACAAUAUGAACACGGAAUAGAAUUUAAAGUUUAUACCUCGAAUGAUGACGAACCAUUAGUAAAAAAGCAAAAGAUUAUUGAGAGUUCAUGUAGUACAGAUAUAGAAAGUAUUAAAGAGUUAAGAGAUUAUUUUCAAUUAGACUUCAAUCUUAGGGAACACUACACUCAGUGGUGUAAAGCUGACGAGUUGUUUAAUUCCGUCGCAAACGACUUUUAUGGUAUCCGGAUGCUCAAACAGGAAGUGCUCGAAAAUAUUUUCUCAUUCAUCUGUUCAAGCAAUAACCAUAUUUCAAGAAUUAGUAGUAUGGUUGAAAAAUUAGCAAUUUUCUAUGGUAAAGAAAUCUGCUCCUAUAAUGGCUCCACAUAUUAUGCAUUUCCAACAAUUGAGGCUUUAAAUCAAGAUGGCGUCGAAACAAAAUUACGCGACAAUGGUUUCGGCUACAGAGCGAAAUACAUCGCAAACACAGCCAAAAUAAUCGCAGAAAAAGGUGGAAAUAAAUGGAUUACCGCAUUGCAAGCGAUGCCAUACAAGGAAGCGAAGAGUGAAUUGAUGACGCUCACCGGCGUCGGCGCAAAAGUGGCUGAUUGCAUAUGUUUAAUGUCUCUGGCUCAUACGAGCGCCAUUCCAGUAGACACACAUGUUUACCAAAUUGCGAGGCAUUACAUUUCUGACAUGCCGAAACAAAAGACAGUCACGGACAAGUUGUAUCAACGAAUCGGUGAUCAUUUUCGGAAAUUAUACGGACCAUCUGCAGGAUGGGCGCAAACGGUAUUGUUUUGUGCGGACUUAAAGAAGUUUCAAGCGAGAGAUUAGACAUGAUUUGUGGACUGUUUCUGGACUCUUAAAGUUUUAGUCCAACUGCAUUCCUUCAUCAUCUUCUUUGUCUUUCUUGUCUUUGCCAUCUUUACCGGCAGGCUUCUCCUUGUCGACCUCGGAUUUCUCCAACGCUUUGACAAACUCCUGAAUAUUACCUUCGUUGGCAGCAGCGAUCACUUCCGGAUUAGCCACCAAUUGUGACACAACUGGGCCCAGCUGACCAGAUUCCAAUGCGUUCGAAAACUGAGACACCGCCUAUUUAUAAUUAAAUAAUCAGUAUUAAAUUAUUCUUUUAAA